UAUAUAUAUACAUAUAUACAUACAGGGUAUAUCUGGACAUUCUCCAUUCUCACACUGUAAUCUUGGCUGAAUAAAAGGUGCUUUAACAUUGCUUUUAUUUACAUUAAAGCACAACUGACCAUUUUUUUCUGUUGACAGAUAAUAAAUAAAUAAAUUGUAUUCAAGAUGUCACAAUGUAUAAUAAUAAUAAUCUUAAUCACUCAGACCAAUUUCCAUUAAAAAUUGGUCUUGUUUGUAAUGUAAUGUAAUAUAUUUUGUUUUGGACUCCACAAAGUGCCAACCUGAAUUGCCCAGUAUGCCCAUGAUCUGCCCACUUUCUACGUGGAAGGAGACAUCGUUGAGGAUCUGACGAGUCCAUCGCUUCUUGUAGGAGGAUUUUCCACUUACCAUUUAUUUUCUGCUAUUUCAUUAAACUGGUCCUCUUGGAUACUCUGUGUCUGCAGCUGUUACCUGACUGUGUAGGAGAUCUUGCUGACACUGAGACUACAGGAAGGAUCUGAUCGCUCCUCUCCGCUGCCCCUCCACACAUCCCUCUUCACCUCCGACACAAACUUGAAGGACUCGCUAACUUUGGUCCCGUUCUCCGGCUCCACCGCCUCCAUUGAAUAACCUCUCUUCAUUUCUCCGGACAGUUUGCUACUCCAAAUGACAAUCGUGAGUCGAGUCCGUCUCAGAUGAGUUUGUUCAUAUCCACACGACCCGUAAACAGCAUGUGAUGCUCCAAAGGCCCCGACUUUGUUUCUCUGCACUCACUCCCUGUACAGAGCAGCAGUGCUAGAGCAGUGGUGUCUCUCAGGAACCAUAACCAUGCAGCCAACGCUGCGUUAUCUCAGAGAACUUUGAUCCGGAGCUCUAUAAAGAAGACACAAAACAUGCUGGGCAGACUGACUGGCUGAAUGACUUCAGUCCUCAAAUUGUGCGCCGUGAGCAGCAUAGCUAUGAGUGCCAGGGCAGAGCAGAAGUGACAUGACAUGAACUUGGACGCUUUGCGAGAGAAGGCUUGUGAGCUCGGACGAGAGGAGACCUUCAGCUGGACUGAAGCCAAACUAUCGAACGGAGAGAAAAUACUGAGAGCAGGGGAGCAACAGGAGGGAAGCAAACGCAGAUACACAUAAGAACAAAAAAGGAAUUGAACAGAAGGACAAAAAGGGUGCGCUGACCUCUUGAUCCUACAAACAUCAAACAGCAAUUUCAUCAUCAUGGACACAAACACCGGGCUCAGUCAUGCAAACGGGCCCUCACAGCAGCAUCAAGACACAGAGUUGUUCUCGUCUGAAGAGGACAGCAGCCUCUACUUCACCUACAGUGGAGGGUGCAAUGAGCUGGAGGUCAACGACCUGCAGUAUGAGGUGGACACAGCGGCUCAGAUCCCCUGGUACGAGAGGUUAGCAGAAUUCAAGUUGCCAUGGGAAAUAAAGGGAAACAAGCAGACAGCCAUCAACAAGCUCAGCCUCCGAGUCCGCAGUGGGCAGAUGCUGGCUGUCAUUGGCAGCUCAGGUUGUGGGAAAACAUCUUUGCUGGACAUAAUAACAUGCCGUGAUGAGGGCGGUACGAUGACCUCCGGUCAGAUUCUGAUUAACGGGAAGCCCAACACCCCUCAGCUGGUGAAGAAGAGCAUUGCUCAUGUCCGGCAAGAUGACCGCCUUCUUCCUCACCUCACCGUCCGUGAAACUCUCGCCUUUGUGGCCAAACUGAGACUCCCCACCCACUUCCAACAGGCUCAGAGGGACCAGAGGGUGGAUGAUGUCAUUGCAGAGCUGCGGCUGCGACAGUGUGCUCACACCAGGGUGGGAAACGACUAUGUGAGGGGUGUUUCUGGAGGGGAGAGGAGGAGAGUCAGUAUAGCUGUCCAACUUCUCUGGAACCCUGGUAUUUUGAUCUUGGAUGAACCCACGUCAGGUUUGGACAGCUUCACAGCUCACAACCUGGUGAUCACACUGUCCCGCCUGGCCCAGGGAAACCGUCUGGUCCUGCUGUCGGUCCACCAGCCUCGUUCUGACAUCUUCCAGCUCUUUGACCUUGUCACCCUGCUGUCAUCGGGUUCACCAGUUUACUUUGGCGCAGCUCGUGACAUGGUGCCUUAUUUCACUGGCCUGGGAUACCCCUGCCCACGAUACUGCAACCCGUCUGACUUCUAUGUUGAUCUGAUCAGUAUAGACCGACGCAGUCCGGAGCAAGAGGCCGAGUGUUUGGAGCGCUCCAGAGUUCUGGCAGAACAUUUCAUGGAAAAGGUCCAAGACACAAACGAUCACAUGUGGAAAACAGCCGGGACAAACACAGCACUAACACAAACUGAGAGCUCUCAGCAGCUGAGCAAAGGAAAAGGAGAGGAAGUCAUCACUAUUUCUAGACAAAGAAACAGGCUGCCUGGCGGAUUGCACCAAUUUACCAUCCUCCUCAGGCGUCACAUGUAUAAUGACUACAGAGACCUGGUCACCUUAUUGGUCCAUGGCUUCGAGGCCCUGCUCAUGUCGCUGCUGAUCGGUUGUCUCUACUACGGAGCAGGAGAGGAACGUCUGACCAUUCAGGACACAGUGGCCCUCCUCUACAUGAUAGCAGCUCUCACCCCAUUCGCUGUGGUGCUGGACGUCAUAGCUAAAUGUCACACAGAGCGAGCCAUGCUCUACCACGAGCUGGAGGACGGCAUGUACUCCGCCACCUCCUACUUCUUUGCCAAGGUCCUGGGGGAGUUACCAGAGCACUGCGUGUUCACCCUGGUGUACGGCCUGCCCAUUUAUUGGCUGGCUGGUCUUAACGAGGCUCCGGAUCGUUUCCUGCUCAACUUCCUGAUGCUGUGGCUGAUGGUGUACUGCAGCCGAGCCAUGGCUCUGUUUGUAGCUGCUGCGCUGCCCACCCUGCAGAUCUCAUCCUUCAUGGGCAACUCCUUGUUCACUGUCUUCUAUCUGACCGGAGGUUUUGUCAUCAGCCUGGAGAAUAUGUGGACUGUGGCCACAUGGCUCUCUCACGCCUCCUUCAUGCGUUGGGGUUUUGAGGGCAUGCUGCAGGUGCAGUUCAGAGGCAACAAAUACCCCCUCUCAAUCGGUAACAUCACCAUCAAUGUUGAUGGCAUACAUGUGGUGGAGGCCAUGAAAAUGAACCAGUAUCCUCUGUACUCAUGCUAUCUGGUCCUGCUGGCAGUUAUUCUGGUCUUCAUGGCACUCUAUUACUUGUCCCUAAAAUUCAUCAAACAGAAGUCCAGUCAGGACUGGUGAACACAUCUGGACCGGUUUCAACAAUCAGACAAAACACAUAAGACAUCAGAGUCUGGAAAUGACUCUUCAGGAAAUGUUUUUUGUUGCAGUGGAAGAAAGUAAUUUGGGUUCCAGUUCGACGGGUUCGACACUGAGCCAUGCUUUCCAUUGUCAAUUUAUUGAUCUUUUUAGGAUGUUUGACAGUGAAAAAGUGUUUGAUUAAGGGGAGAAACAUUUAUCCUUCCAAUUUUACCUUUUCACAAUAAUCUCAACAACAGUAGUCCUGUUUUUCCUGGUACCUCAGUAGAGUUUAGUCGCCCUUCUUAAUGAAAAAAUUCCUAAAAAUUACUCUCAUUUUUAUCUCGUCAAAACAAUCUUAACAUAUGGCUAGCUAGAAAUAUGAGAAUAAUUAGGAUUUGGGUGGAAGAAAGUUUUAGAGAAGCACUUGUUGCAGUACCGCUGACUGCUGCUGGGUGGCAGCAGAGCACUGCAUGAACAUCAAAGUUCGAACGAUGUAUUUUUCUCCCUCUCCCUCUCUUCUCCGUCUUGGCAAAUGAUUAGAACGCCACUUUGGCAGAUAUCCAUCUGCAGCUUUUGCUUGUUCGAUUUUCAAUCUUCUUUUUUUCUACAGCUUUAUCUUUUUUGUAUAUGUAAGGUUAUUAAGCUUAACAAUGUGUGUGCCAGUAUAGGGAGCACUGAAAAAAAAAGCCGAGUAGAGAUUUAGUAAGUCACACUCAGAAAAAAAAAGAGCUUGUUCUUGUGUCCUCAUAGAUUGAAGAUUAUGUAAGCUGUGUGUUUUUUGCACUGGUGCAAAAGCCUGAUAAAUAUUUUACUGAUGUGGUUUGAGUCCAAAUUGGUAAAGUAUUAAAUCAAAUUGCUCCACUUGAGUGUGUUUAUUUUUGUCUUUUUCCUCUCUGCUAUCCUUUGACCUGGUCAUUCAGUUACAUGGUGCAGUUAUUUGUAACUGUGCAGUUUCAUAGAAAUUAAUGUUAUUGAUAAAGUGAUUCUUUUCAGUGGUUAUACUUCAUAUUCUGGAAUUUAUUUCU